AGAGCGAGCCGAGCCGCAGCUAGCUCCAGCGGGCGGCAGGCGCCGGAGCGCAGCGCAGCGCAGCGCAGCCCUAUCGGCCCGCAGAGCCGACCGUGCUGGAAGCCGAGCGCGGCCGUGUAAGACCAGUGAUGGGGGCAGGUGCCGCGGACCGUGCCAUGGAUGGGCCGCGCCUGCUGUUACUACUGCUGCUGCUGGGGGUGUCCCUCAGUGGUGCCAACGAGGCAUGUCCCACGGACUUGUACACCUACAGCGGCGAGUGCUGCAAAGCCUGCAAUCUGGGCGAGGGCGUAGCCCAGCCCUGCGGAGUCAACCAGACUGUGUGUGAGCCCUGCCUGGACAGCGUGACCUUCUCCGACGUGGUGAGUGCCACUGAGGCAUGCAAGCCGUGCACCGAGUGCGUGGGCCUACAGAGCAUGUCUGCACCGUGCGUGGAGGCUGACGACGCUGUCUGCCGCUGCGCCUAUGGCUACUACCAGGACGAGGCCACCGGCCACUGUGAGGCCUGCCAGGUGUGCGAGGCAGGCUCGGGCCUUGUGUACUCAUGCCAGGACAAGCAGAACACCGUGUGCGAGGAGUGCCCGGAUGGCACAUACUCUGACGAGGCCAACCACGUGGACCCAUGCCUGCCCUGCACCGUGUGUGAGGACACUGAGCGCCAGCUGCGAGAGUGCACCCGCUGGGCCGACGCCGAGUGUGAGGAGAUCCCUGGCCGUUGGAUUACACGGGCCACACCCCCAGAGGGUUUGGAGAGCCCAGAACCUAGCACCCAGGAGCCUGAGGGCCCUCCAGAACUAGACCCUGUGGCCAGCACUUUGGCAGAUGUGGUAACCACAGUGAUGGGCAGCUCACAGCCCGUAGUGACCAGGGGCACCACCGACAACCUCAUCCCUGUCUAUUGCUCCAUCCUGGCCGCUGUGGUUGUGGGUCUCGUGGCCUACAUCGCCUUUAAGAGGUGGAACAGCUGCAAGCAGAACAAGCAAGGAGCUAACAGCCGGCCGGUGAACCAGACGCCCCCGCCAGAGGGUGAAAAACUCCACAGCGACAGCGGCAUCUCUGUGGACAGCCAGAGCCUGCAUGACCAGCAGCCCCACACACAGACAGCUGCAGGCCAGGCUCUCAAAGGUGAUGGAGGCCUCUACAGCAACCUGCCCCCAGCCAAGCGGGAGGAGGUGGAGAAGCUGCUGAAUGGCUCUGCAGGCGACACCUGGAGGAACCUGGCAGGGGAGCUGGGUUAUCAACCGGAACACAUAGACUCCUUCACCCACGAGGCCUGCCCUGUCCGUGCCCUGCUCGCCAGCUGGGCGGCCCAGGAUAGCGCAACACUCGACGCCCUCCUGGCCGCUCUGCGCCGCAUCCAGCGAUCUGACAUUGUGGAGAGCCUGUGCAGCGAGUCCACAGCCACGUCCCCAGUGUGA